CGCCUCCCUCCUGCUAGUUCCCCCUCCCCUCCGGCUCCCGGCCGCCAGUCGGAGCGAAGAUGGCGAAGACCUACGACUAUCUCUUCAAGCUGCUUCUCAUCGGCGACUCCGGCGUGGGCAAGACCUGCCUGCUCUUCCGCUUCAGCGAGGACGCCUUCAACACCACCUUCAUCUCCACCAUCGGAAUUGAUUUUAAAAUCAGAACAAUAGAACUAGAUGGGAAGAAAAUCAAACUACAGAUAUGGGAUACUGCUGGUCAGGAAAGAUUCCGCACCAUUACAACUGCAUACUACAGAGGAGCCAUGGGUAUUAUGCUGGUUUAUGAUAUCACAAAUGAGAAGUCCUUCGACAACAUUAAAAACUGGAUAAGAAACAUAGAAGAGCAUGCAUCUUCAGAUGUAGAAAGAAUGAUCCUGGGUAAUAAAUGUGAUAUGAAUGAGAAAAGACAAGUUUCAAAAGAAAAAGGAGAAAAGUUAGCAAUUGAUUAUGGAAUCAAAUUUCUGGAGACAAGUGCAAAAUCGAGCAUAAAUGUGGAAGAGGCUUUCUUCACCCUUGCACGGGAUAUCAUGACAAAACUCAACAAAAAAAUGAAUGACAACAGUUCAGCAGGUGCAGGUGGGCCAGUGAAAAUAAUGGAAAACAGAUCAAAGAAGAGCAGCUUCUUUCGAUGCACACUGCUUUGAUGAACUCCUAAUAAUAGACUGCAGCAUACCUAGAGAGAGAGAAAACCCUUUUCCUGCUUCUCUGAAAGCACAGGCUCAUCUGGCCUCAGAGCUGUUACCACCAGGCUGCUGCUGAGAGCUCUGUUUGAAUGUAGAGUGUGCUAAACCAAGAGAGAAAAGGAUUUUGGUUCGCUCUGCUUCUCAGCAAGUCGGGCUCCCUCUUCUCAAACACGGAAGCUGUGAAGUUGAGAGACACAUGUGCAGGAGCUAAAUCUUCUUUAUUACUUUGUUUCACUGCCUGCUUCAAAAGCUGCUAAGUUUUUCUUUGCACACUCAUAUUUGCCCUCUGUUGCCUGCUAGAGCACAGUCUUAGCACUUGUCUUUGCACAGCUUUCUUUCUUUUCGUUCUGGUAAGCAUUCCCCAGCAUUCCUCCCCCCAGCUGUAGUAUAAAGGGAUAAGAUUGGAUCCCACACUGAAUACAGAGGGCAUGGUCAUAGAUACAGCACCCAUGCUCAGAGCGUCGCCAUAGAGCCAAUAGAAUUCUGCCUACAAUUAUUCAUGGGCAUCAUAAGAGGCCCUUAGAACUCUGUGUGCUUCCUAUAUCCUCAACCAGUUGCCCUCCUCAACUCAGUGUAAUUUACUUGUGCUCUGUCAAGGCAAAAGGGAGGGCUAGAUGGCAUGUAGGCAUAGACUUCCCACCAACACUGUGGCUUCUCAAUCUGCCUUGUGUACUUAAUAAGAAGGGGCAGGAGGGCUGAAAGCCCUGCACUUGGUGGCCUAGAAUAUGGCCCUAGUAUUUUUCUCAGGCAUAGAAAUAUGUCUGCAACAUAAAUGUGGUUUUGUAGCCUGGUGCUGGAAAGCUUAACACCCCAGGCACUUUAAAUUUCUAUUUGGGCUUGCCACUUUUGUUUGACAAAUACACAGAUCUGUUUGUAUGGAAAUGAACUUUUUUUUCUGAAUGUACGGUGUUGCAUUUCUAUGUACAGAAGGUGUACUGGAACCACUUACAGUUAUCUCUUACAUCAAUCCAAUUUCACUUCUAUUUCCUGCUGUAUUCAGUUGAACUGCAAGGCGCUCAGUUCUCUGUUAAAUGCAACUAUUCCUGUAUCUAAAGGUUCCUGUUUCAGCCUGUUGAAUAUUAAUAGAAAAAGCACACACAGCACGUGUAACUAUCCCAUCUAGCUUUUAGUCCCUUUUUCAAAAAGCAUAGUCACUGUCCUCCUGAUAAUGACCUUCCAUGAAUCUUGAGGCAACUGGUGUUGGUUCAAACAUUUAGAACAGAUAUAAACUUAGCUGCCUUUCUCACUUAACUGAGACUCCCAUACCAGCCUAUUUCACCACUAUUUAAAUUAUUUAUAAAACGUUGAGUUACUUCAAAUACAGGUGCUUUAGUUCUAUUGAUGUGCCAAACAUGGACCUUUGUAAGUUAAAACCUAUCUCAACACAACCUUGAUGACACCACAGCUCCAUGAGCCGCUGUUGUGAAACUUGUCCCAUUAGCUAGCCAAACAGGCACACAACGUUGCUUUGUUUUAGAGGGUCAAAUGUCAAUAUGAUUCUAAGCAUAUCUUACGUCAUUCAAGGUGAAUAGGUUGGCCACUGGCACUCUGUAACAUAACAUUGGUUUUUAUGUUGAACAGGUUAGGAAAAAAACAUUCCUGUGGAGUUGUGAAUUUUUGCACACUCUUCCUGCCCCUCUGUUUAUAAUCCUAACAAUAUUGCUCUAAUUACCUCUUGGAUUGCAGCAUCUGGGUUGAUGCAUGGAAAGAGGAGUGUAUCCAGCAGGAAUAUUAAGCAGCAAAACACAAAUAUGUCUGGUUGCUGUGGGUCCCAUGCUUGGACUAAAGUGUUGUGGUUCUUGCUUUAUAACACAAAGUGCUUUUUGGGGGGCAAGUGUGACUCCACCCACGAUGAAUGUCCAUCUUUUUUCACGUCUGACUUCUUUGUAUUGUAAUCUGUAUCUCAGGGGGUUUGUCUGAAAGCCAAAACUGACAAGUUCUGUGGUUCCUUUUGGCAGAUUUUCUUUGCUUAUGUUUCCUCUUUGUUGGCAUCAUACUUCAUAUCUUGGUUCUAUGUACGAACAUUUAGUCUCUAUGAACUUCCCUUUGAGAGAGCCUGUAACUAGUUGAAUUUAUAUAAAGUGCUUCUUGAAGCAGCAGCAAAUUGGGGUAUCUACUCUGUUUUAUUUUGAAAAAAUCUUGCUAUUUUCUUACUUCUAGCUGUGCUAAAAUGUACAUAAUUUGAGUAAGACCAUAGGAAAUUCACUUUAAGAUUGGUGUAAGGAUGCCACACACAGUUCACUUUCCCUCAUUGUUAAUAUUGUUAAUAUUUAGUUUUAACCUGUCAAAAUAUUAGUGACAGAAUAGUCUGUUCCCUGCUGAAGUUCUGAAAAUAUGUUUCAUAUGGAAACAACUUUAGUCUUAAGGAAAUGUUGUUAUAGCCUUUGCAGCAGUAUUAAGUGCUAUGGCUGCACUUCAAACUUUUCAUAAUGGUUGAUUUAGCCCAUUUUUCUACAAAUAAUAUGCCUUGUCAAACGGCAUUUUAAAUUGUAAAUCAGCUGGUUGUCCACAUCAACUUAUUUCCUUGAGUGCUCUAGGCAAACAGGCAAACUAUGAUGGUAUGGGACUGCCUUUGCCUUCAUUGCUUGAUGCAAACAUUUCUUACCCCAGAACAAGUCUUGUGUUGGGUGUUAACCCUGCAAAAGACAACAUUCUUCCAUUUAGCUAAUAGUUGGUUAAGAUUCCCCAACUGUGUCUUUUCUUCGUGAUACAAUACAUUUGGCCUUGCUCUACAGAACUCACCCAUGAAGGGUAAUCCUUGAUACGCUUUCCAGAGCAGAAAGCAUACACACUCUUUCCAUUCUUAAUUUUUUUGUCGUUUACUACUGACUUUCUAAAAAGAGAGUGCAAUUUUAAAACAUGCAUCUGUGCUUAGCUAAAUUUGUUGAUCCAUCAAAGCAUUGUCUCUCCUCCAGUUGACAUUUUAUAGCUUACAUGCUUGGUUUUAAGUUUCAUACAUCUGGUUAGACUUUGAUUCCUGUGUGGCAUAUGAAAUAUAAUCUCUUUUUGAACUUGGUGUUCUCUCUGUACCAUACUUGUAAAAUACUUGCUAGCCUUUUUUGAGAAGUGUUGUUUUUUUAAAAUAAAUGGGGUAUUUACCUGUCCCAAGUGCAUUCCCACUUCUCACUUACUUGCAAAUUCAAUGAAUAAAGUCCAUUAAUUCUGCUAGCCAAAAUGGAUGUUGUGUUAGACUUUUUUAAAUUCUGUCAUCAACUGGUCUGUAACAACUUGAGAGGCUUGAGACAGUAGAUAAAUGUGCAAACGUGUUUGGUAAUUAUGGAAAGGCUUGAUUUAGAGUGAGUGCAAUAUUUGUAAGGCUAAAGACUGAAGGGGCUAACAGUAAGUCUGGUGUCACCAUAUUCUAGUCUUAUGCCUUUCAUUUUAAAAUACAGUACAUGUCAAUACAGGGCUUCUUGUAUAAGUUUCCCUACCUUAAGGGGAAUUUGUAGUGUGUUCCUAUGGCCUUACAAGUUUAUUUUUCUGCCCAAAUAUCAUGUUUCUCCCUUGAACUUACAAUUUUAAUGAGACAUACUAAAUUCUGAGAAAUAAAGCAUGAUCCAGAAGAGCCUAAUUUUUACAUAAUUAUUCUGCCACGUGUGAAGCACAUAUUAUCAAUACUCCAAAAGCAUAAGAUGGAAAAGCUCCGGCAGAUAAUGUGAACUUGUCAUGUGGUUAACUUGUGAACUUAAUCAUUAACUGUGUAUUGAUACUGUGUAAAAAAUAAAAAAGACAAAGGGGGAGGGAUAAUAUUUCAAGUGAACUCUUUUAUAACUGCGUCUCAAAUAAAAUUACAUAAUUAAAUGUUAAGUUUUUUAUGAAAUACACAGUGUGAUCAAACAAGUUCUGUAGUGCAUUAUCAUUCUGCCUGAUGCAUGCUGAUGGGAGUAAAAAGAAGAAAGAACUCUCCUGAAACUGAAUGGAUUGAUUGAACAACCUUUGUCAAAUAAUUCAGGGCAUACCUUUGCUUAACCCUGAUCGCACACCAUUUUCAGAACUGCACUCAGAAAAAGUAACACAUAUUAGAUCUACAUCCCUGUCCAAAUGUUGAAUUACAAUGCCCAUCAACCCUUACUCUUUGCUGGAGCUGAUGGGAGUUUUCUUGCAGCAUUUGGAGAGUCAGAGGUUCCCUAUCCUUUGUCUACUACUGCGUCUCCCAAGAGCUUUUUCCCCCUAUCCCUGUCUGGAGAUGCCAAGAUACUGAGUCUGUGACUGUCUAUGUGCAAAUUGUCUACUCUGCCUCUCAGCUACAGACUUCUCUCUUCAGUCUUCUGUGAAUGAACUACUUCCUGCUUCAAUUUAUUCCAAUGUGAAAAUCUGUAAAAGGUGACUGAUACAAACAUGGUCUCCAGAUACAUUGCAUUAAUAUAAGGAUUCUGCUAGUACAGUCACUGCUGGUUUGAAAUACAGCAGAAUAUUGUUACUUUUGGCGAACAAAAGGAUAACCUUUUGCAAAUUCCUUUCAGGGUAACUGAUAUACAAAGCUGCUUAGGGAGCAUGCAGCCCCGCUGAAUCUUCAGACAAGUGGCUAAAGUUGGAAAGGAAAACUGGCAGCCGUUUCCAUGCUUGCUGCAAGACUUCUGUACUAGGAUAGCUAGUACUUGAUUGCAGCCUAUCAAUAUAUUUUGUCUUGCUUCCACUUCCCUGCUCUUUCUGUUAAAAUUAUUUGGAGGCAUUCCCAUUUUUUAUCUUGGCAAUAAUCUUGUUUAGGUUGAGUGUGAGAGUGACCUAAACAGCUUCAUGGCUGAGCAGGGAGAAUUGUGUGUUGAGCUUAGAACUAGAGAGAAGCAUUUACACUGACUUCGAAGUGUGAGAGAAGCUGCGAUCUUUACUACUUAAUCCCAUGUGUUUGGUUCCCUUCUGUAACACAGCACCAAAGUAUCCCCUUCCAGCUGGUGAAGGCUGCCUGCCAGAAGUCAGUGGUUUGAAAACCCUCUAUUCCACAACAGUAGCUUAUCUGCUAUUAAUGUAUUGCUAACCUAGUUUGGGCUUAAUGAGUAGUGUUACAAAGGAGCAGCAAAGGGCAUGCUUGCAUACAGUAGGAAUAUCCCCACGCUGGUAGGCUUGAAGACUCAUCCCCUUUUCUAAAAGUAUCAUGCUCAGGUUUUUUUUUAACCCUGCCAGAACAUCUAUAUGAAGCUGUGGGGAGUGGUCAUUAGGAGUUUGGGGCUGAGGUUUCAUCAGUAUAUGGCUGAAACCCUUUUGUAGAGCAGGGGUGUUUAAAGGUUCUGGACUUCAGUUGGUUUGACAGCUAUGCCCUGUUCCUGGAUCGGAAGAAUUUGGCUACUUCAGUCAUGCAUUGGUAACCUUGCAGGUAGACAAUGGCCACAGCACCCCAUCCCAUAAUUAUGUAUUUACAGCAAUUCCAGCAGCAUUUAAUUAGCUAGACCUGGGGGGGGGUGUCCAGAGGGAAGGAGUCAGACAUUACUGCAAGUAUGAUCCCAUAAUAAAAUUUAUAAAAUUAUAUCGGUCCAAGCAUAUAUUUGAAAGGCAUAUUUAUUAUUUUUAUUCAUGGCAAUAAUAUGAACCGACCUGGACCCCGUGAUCGUCAUCUGAGGCCCUUCAUGUGCCUCUGUGAGAGGUCCAGAAGAUGGCAACCUGAGAACAUGGCCUUUUCUGCAGUGGCUCGCAAAAUCUUUAGGCGCCCAGCAAAAAUAUUUCUCUUCAGCCAGGCAGUCGGCUGAUUAACAUUCUAUGGAUUUUAAAUGUGUUUCUGGGAGGGAGGUUAU